CUAAAAAAUUUUAAUUCUGUGCGUUGACGAGCGUUUUGCGAUCUAAUCAUGGUGAGAAGGGAAAUAUCCCUGGUCGAUUCUAAUCUCACCUCACCUCCACCUAACAAGCAAUAAGUCAAUAAAUUAUAAACCACGUGAAGUGCAUAGGAUUUCUCACUGCAAAUAGUAUGGAUUCAACGGAAGAGAUGGCGCCGGUCACGGAAACUGAAGUCACUUGCGAUUAUUUAAUUGUUGGUGCCGGAACGGCUUGCCUUUCUUUUGUCGAUACGCUCCUAGAUUUGCGGAAUGACAUCACCUUUGUGAUCGUCGAUCGAAAUUCCGAUCCUGGCGGUCACUGGACCAAGGCAUAUCCAUUUGUUCGUCUACACCAGCCAUCCUGCAGCUACGGGGUCAGGAGCUUACCUCUCGGAAAGCUGGACAAGAAUGGCAAGGAAGUCUACGACACCGAUGAACGUGCCACGGCGAAGGAAAUUUGCGAAUAUUACGAGAAGGUUGUCAAGAAUCUCGUAGCCACCGGGCGAGUGCGAACUUAUUUCAACUCAAACUACGAAGGCGAGGCAACGGACACUGAUGGUUCCAUAUCCAAAAUUCAUUCCGAUCCAGCUUCAAAGGUCACUCACAUCAUCAGAAAUCAGAAUGGGGUCCUGAUCCAUGUCAAAUGCACGAAAUUGGUACGAAGCGAAUCAAACGUGAUUGUUCCCUCGAUGAGAACUGGAGUCCCCUUUCCAGUCGAUAAAUCUGUAGUUAAUACUAUUCCUUUGAAUGAGCUUCCGAAAUAUAUUGGAAAGACACAGCAAAAAUACCUGGUCAUUGGUGCCGGAAAAUCCGGCAUCGACGCACUUAUCUAUUUACUGGAGGAUGCCAAGGUAGAUCCUGAUCAAAUCACAUGGAUUGUUUCUCAAUCAGCAUGGUACUUUAUGCGUGAUGGGAUAGCACUGACUCCCAAACCUGGUAAAAGUUUUUGGAAAAACGCCACAAAGGUCUUCUUUGAACCUCUUGGAGCAGCUAAAUCGGCUGAUGAGGCUUUUUUGUUAAUGGAAAAGGCUGGGAGUCUCGGACGAGUUCAUCCAGACGACGGUCAUUUCCCACGGGUAUUUAGGGGUGCCAACAUGACUUACACUGAUCUGGCAAACCUUCGGAGAAUCAAAAACGUUUUGAAGAAUAUGGGGAGGGUAACCUCAAUAACUUCAAACGAGAUCAUCUUUCAGAACGGGGCGCAUUCGGUCCCCUUUUCUCCUAUUGAUACGUUGGUCGUGGACUGUAUGACAGAGGACACAUAUGGUUACUUUAGCUUUGAGGAGGACUUUCAGUUCUUUAAUCCCCACAAGAUAAGACUCGGACCCGCGGUUGCGAUUUUCAAUCCAUCACAUACCUCUACAAUGAUUGCAUUUUUGGAAGCAGAAUUUUCUGACAGUGCAGCCGGAGACGCAGUGAAAAAUUCCUUUUGCUGUUUUCCUCGAGGCCGUGAAUUGAAAAAGAACUCAACCCAACAACUACUCAUGUUGUAUUUUUACUAUGAAUCAAAAACCAAUCUGAACUUUGGCAAGUACAAGCCUUAUUCAAGAUUUGUUUUGGGUGAUCGAACAGACAUGUUUCAACCCGACCACCACGGUGGCCUCCUAGGCCUCUUGUGGGCCUUCUUUGGACCGACAAAACUGCACAAGAAGACAGAAACGUUUGUUGAACGAAUGGAAAACGGCAGUUUGGAAGACUUUCCAAUUGGCACGCUGACGGGAGCGAACGAGGUUGACCCCGAAAAAUUUAAGGCUGUCAAGAGAAAAAUACCGAAGGUAGCCAGUUCAAAAUCCACGACCGCAAACGCCAAGAAGAGUAUCGAUAAUGGAGAUCUCCCGAAAAAGAAGAAGGGGCUGGGUAGCUUAUUUUGCUGCAGGACAGCUGACGGGAUUCAGACAAAUAUGCACUACUUAUUCCUAUGAUGAUAUAUCAUUUAAUUGUUCGUUUGCUGGAUGCAUCGAUAAUCUCAUACUAUAUAUAUCAAAAUUGAAAGGGAUCCUUCAAGACGCUCGACAUAAAUUGAGCCAUCAAGU